UCGGUUUUAGGGGGUGCAUCUGGGAAGCCUGCUGCUCUGCAGCGGGGCUCUCCGCCUCCCCCCACCUGUACGAGGCUGGACCUGAGGAGCCAAUGCUCAGCAUCCCACCUUCUGGUGCUUGGGCUUGGCCUUCCCUGCGGGUUCCCGCGCUGACAUUCAGCGGGCAGGUCAGGAGGCCGAGCGCGCCUACAGGAGCGCGCGGGGAGAGCCCGAGCGAGGGCUUUGGGCUCGGCCGGGUCCCAGGGGUCCACCCGUUUCCUAGAAGCGCUUCUAGGCCCAGGGAAGCCUUUCUGCUGAGGAGGGGAAGCCAGAUUCGGGGGCGGGCGGCGAUAAAUCAGGCUAAGAAAUGGCUUUUCAAAAGGCAGUGAAAGGGACUAUUCUUGUUGGAGGCGGUGCUCUAGCAAGUGUCCUAGGCCUCUCUCAAUUUGCUCAUUACAGAAGGAAGCAAGUGAGCUUGGCCUAUGUCGAAGCAGCCGAGUGCGUCACAGAACCUGUUAACAGGGAGCCUCCUUCCAGAGAAGCUCAGCUACUGACCUUGCAAAACAUGUCUGAAUUCGACAUCCUUGUCAUUGGAGGAGGAGCAACAGGGUGCGGCUGCGCACUGGAUGCCGUCACCAGAGGACUAAAAACAGCCCUUGUAGAAAGAGAUGAUUUCUCAUCAGGGACCAGCAGCAGAAGCACUAAAUUGAUCCAUGGUGGUGUGAGAUAUCUUCAGAAGGCUAUCAUGAAGUUGGAUAUUGAGCAGUAUAGGAUGGUAAAAGAAGCCCUUCACGAGCGUGCCAACCUACUAGAAAUUGCUCCCCAUUUAUCAGCUCCGUUGCCUAUAAUGCUUCCAAUUUACAAGUGGUGGCAGCUACCUUACUACUGGGUAGGAAUCAAGCUCUAUGAUCUGGUUGCAGGGAGUAAUUGCCUGAAGAGCAGUUAUGUCCUCAGCAAAUCGAGAGCCCUUGAACAUUUCCCAAUGCUCCAGAAGGACAAACUGGUAGGAGCAAUUGUCUACUAUGACGGACAACACAACGACGCUCGGAUGAACCUUGCCAUUGCCCUCACUGCUGCCAGGUAUGGGGCUGCCACAGCCAAUUACAUGGAGGUAGUGAGCUUGCUCAAGAAGACAGACCCCCACACGGGGAAGGAGAGAGUGAGCGGUGCGCGGUGCAAGGACGUGCUCACAGGGCAGGAAUUUGAUGUGAGAGCCAAAUGUGUUAUCAAUGCUACGGGACCUUUCACAGACACCGUGCGCAAAAUGGAUGAUAAGAACGCCACGGCGAUCUGCCAGCCGAGCGCAGGUGUCCACAUCGUGAUGCCUGGUUAUUACAGCCCCGAGAGCAUGGGACUUCUUGACCCAGCAACCAGUGAUGGGCGAGUUAUCUUCUUCUUACCCUGGCAAAAGAUGACUAUAGCUGGCACUACUGACACGCCAACUGAUGUCACACACCAUCCCAUUCCUUCGGAAGAAGAUAUCAACUUCAUUUUGAAUGAAGUGCGGAACUACCUGAGUUGUGACGUCGAAGUGAGAAGAGGGGACGUCCUGGCAGCAUGGAGUGGUAUCCGCCCCCUUGUUACAGAUCCCAAGUCUGCAGAUACUCAAUCCAUCUCCCGAAAUCAUGUUGUGGACAUCAGUGAGAGUGGCCUCAUCACUAUAGCAGGUGGAAAGUGGACAACGUAUCGAUCUAUGGCAGAAGAUACCAUAAAUGCUGCUAUCAAAGCUCACAAUUUUAAAGCAGGACCAAGCAGAACAGUUGGACUUUUCCUUCAAGGGGGCAAAGAUUGGAGCCCAACGCUAUACAUUAGGCUUGUCCAGGACUAUGGGCUUGAAAGUGAGGUGGCACAGCAUCUCGCCGCUACCUAUGGUGACAAGGCUUUUGAGGUGGCCAAGAUGGCAAGCGUAACUGGAAAAAGGUGGCCCAUCGUUGGUGUGCGUCUUGUGUCAGAAUUUCCAUACAUUGAAGCGGAGGUGAAAUAUGGGAUUAAGGAGUAUGCCUGUACAGCAGUGGAUAUGAUUUCGCGGCGGACUCGCCUGGCCUUCUUAAAUGUCCAGGCAGCAGAGGAAGCCCUCCCCAGGAUCGUUGAACUGAUGGGCAGAGAACUGAAUUGGGAUGAUUACAAAAAAGAGGAGGAACUUGAAACAGCCAGGAAGUUUCUGUAUUAUGAAAUGGGCUAUAAAUCUCGAUCAGAACAGUUAACAGAUCGCUCUGAAAUUAGCCUCCUGCCUUCUGACAUUGACAGGUACAAGAAGAGAUUUCAUAAGUUCGAUGCAGACCAAAAGGGCUUUAUUACCAUUGUUGAUGUUCAGCGUGUAUUAGAGAGUAUCAACGUCCAAAUGGAUGAGAAUACACUACAUGAAAUUUUGAAUGAAGUAGACUUGAACAAAAAUGGACAGGUGGAACUCAAUGAAUUUUUGCAGCUGAUGAGUGCUAUUCAGAAAGGAAGGGUGUCCGGAAGCCGGCUCGCGAUCCUGAUGAAAACUGCAGAAGAGAACCUCGACAGAAGAGUCCCCAUUCCAGUGGACCGAAGCUGUGGAGGAUUGUGAGUCUGGGCGGUACAUCCACAGCCAACAGACAUGGGAACAACAAAUCAUCCUGUAACAACCAGAGAUGACUUAGACCACUCCAAAAUAGUGGCUAUGGGUAGCUGCCUUUGUUAACACUGGGAAACAUUCCAAAGCUUUAGGGCGUUGAUUUGUCUUUGCCAUUCAAUCUAGCUUCUAAACAGUGUAUUUUUUCUUGUUUCUUACUUUCAAUGCACACCAAUUUAAUAUUCUGCAUCCAUUUUGUAACCUGUUAGACUGGACCUACUCCCUUUUCGUUUGUCUCUUCACUUAUUCUGGGUCAUUCUUAAGGACAGAGCAUUUUGGCCAAAAUUGAAUAGAAGCUAGAAAAAUUUCGUGAGGUGCACAAAGCUCUGGGCGUGAAGACUGUAGGUAGGAUUUGCUCCUAACAGAAAUGGAGCAGGGAGUGACCUAUAGAAAUGAUAGCAUUUCUGGAGACCGCUCAGAUCCUUCUUCCCCGAGCUGGUCUGUCUUCCCCAUCCUGGAGAGUUUCACAGCCAGGGUAUGACUGGCAAAACUGGAGAGGGAAGACAAAGUUUAGAUCUGGUUACAGGAGCGAGUCUCAAAGAGAAACUCUGAACGCUUCCAGAAUCACAGGUGUAUGAUAAGGAUAGCAUUGACAUUUGCUGGAUUACACUGAUAGUUUCGUCUCAGCAAUUCGUUCCCCCCCCCCCCCCGCCCAGUCACUGCUGGUUUUUCUUUGACUAUUAUAGUUGCCAGGAAGAUCCUUGCUUUUCAUAUUUUAAAACCAGCAUUUAAGUGGCAAGUUGGAUGUAAUGGAAUGAGACUAAACUUCUCAAAUCCUUACAGCAGUAAUAAAGUUAAAGAUUUAAAAUCUGUGUGUGUAUAUCCACACACGAUAGCACGAUUUUCAAUCCCCAAAUCCUAAACUGUGGAGCAUGUGCUGUUGUCAAACAUGGCCUAUUUGGCUUAGUUUAUUGCAUCAUUUUGGAGGAGUAAUUUCAAAUGGAGAGUAAAAGAAGAUCGAAGUAACCUUUAGUUAACUUUAAUUAUAAUUAUUUGUAAAAAGGCACAAUGCUGCAGUAUUCAAGGUCAUUUGGGUUGCUUAAAGCCUUUCUCCUUCGUGGAAAAGUUCUCAGCCACAGAGAAAAAGAAAAGAAAUAGAACCAUGCACAACUCAUAUCCACACACAGACCCCUCCCACACCAUACACCCACACCCACACCCACACACACACACACCCACACACACACACAAAUAAAUUUGCAUUGAAUUUAACAAAUAAUGCGUUGAAUUUAAAGGGCCAAUGUGGUAUGAUGCUUUUGCAAUACUUCACUAGCGUUUUAACCAAUGACUGAAUUUUUACCCACUGUGCUUCCUUCUGUGAGGUUAACUACCUGCCUUUUUAUUUUCUAAGAUCAGUUUGUAUAUGUAAUAGGAGAUAGAACUCUAUAUUUAAUGGCAGGCUUUAAUUGCACAGACUUGAGAUCUUAGUUUUGUUAGUUUGUUUGUUUUUUAAACUGGUACAUAAAACACUUUGUGCUGUUAUUUCUAUUUAUUUGACCAUUGUAGAGUACCUUUCUGCCUCAUUCAAGUGGGGUAUGAGCCUGGAGGUCAUAAUGUUAACACUGGAGGUUCACUCAACCUAAGCCCCCACCCCACUUCAUUUUUUAAAUGAAGUUCAGACUUGCCACUUCCAUAAGGAAAACCUAAAACGGAGCCAAGUAUGCUCCCAGGUAUCACUGUGAACAUUUUUCUUUCAACGUGGGAGCAUUUUACACUGCCUUUAAAAAAAAAACAAAAAACAGAAAACAUUAGAAGCAUGUGGCUUUGUAAUUUAGUGGGGUUUUUUUUUGGCUUUGUUUUGUUUUUGUUUUUGUUUUUUAAUCAAGACAAUAAGUUCCACUGUUUAGAACCUGGUGACCCUUGAUAAAAGAUGCUGUCCUUUAAAGCACCACGCAGGAUGUACCACAAUACAGUACCUUUGUGCUCUCUCUCUCUUUCUCUCUUUCUAGUUAGAUCAAGAUAGCGAGAACUUGUGCCCUCCCUGAACCCUGAACCCAUUACAGUAGGGACCGGCUUAAUAGGCUGACUGGCCUGUGCAGAACUGUGUGUGUACAACAGGCUGGUUUGUGCACGCUUUGCUCGGAGUAAGUUCCUUUAAGGACAAAGAAAAGCGCACUUUGCUUCCUUUGAGUGUCUCUGCUUUUGCUGAAAAUCUGCUAAUUCUAAAACAUACGCUCCUUCACCAAUCCCAGAGACUCGUCUUGGAAGUGAGCUGGUUCCAAGUCUUUACUGUGAAUAAAGCACCCCCGCAUUUUUGUGUGAGUUCUUAAUUAAACCUGUACAGCUUCUGUACCUGAUUUCAGAAAAGGGGAGAGGAAAUGGAGGGAUUAGCCCCUUCAAAACCUAUUUGAAGGACAAGGGAAUUUUUCUUUUCUUUUUGUAUGUAUGGGAUACUAGGUGAUUCUGUGGGGGUGGGGGUGGGGGGGUGCAGAGAUUGUCUUUAUCAUCAAGUGAUUUGUUUCAAGAGCCUUUAAGAGGAUUCAGGUGAAGGAACCCCCAUCUGUGGGGAAGAGAUGGAUUUCCUUUAAAUAGCCCCAUACCACAGUCCUAACAAUAGUGACCAUGCUGGAUUAUUUGUUAAGCCAAGGCUGUCUGCCUCGUAGCCCUCACGCUGUUUGCAAGAUUCUUGCUUUCAAUCAAUUUAUACCAAGUGCAACUUGAGGAUUUCUACUAUUAAAUGCAUGCUCCCUAUUCUGCUUUAGUUUCUAGCUUCGUUUUGUCUUUUCCAAAAUAUGUAGCUUUGUGUCUUGUACAACAACGCAAAUUUCAUUGUGACUUUGACUAAACAUACUGUAAGGAUGAUCACCGAUCUUAUUUACUUUUUUAUGUAUUGUUAAAGAUUUUUUGGCCUAUGAAUGUAAUAACAUUAAAGUCAGUGAUGCUCUAACUUGCACUGUUUUGCAUUAUGUCCACCGUUUUCAGGGAAUAAAAAAGCCCUACUGUGUUUUUAAGGACGCAAGUACAAGCCGGUGCUGGAGUGAAUACGCGCACUGCAUGCCUUUAAACGUGGCCCUUUCGUGUAUGUGUUGGGUUAUUGUUCUAGAUGGAACUGUUAAAUACUGUGUUUGAGGUUGGGUUGUCAUUUUUAUAACUGUCUUGGUGUUUUAUCGCCAUUAUUUAUUACUUUUGAUAUACAGAAUGAGCUGCAUGCAUUUAUAGAGCAAUAAGAAGAUGUAUUUAAUGUGCCUUGUUUUUAACUGAAUAAGAACUGAAAGCACGAAUCAAUAAAACUGAUUAAAAUGG